GCCGUCCAAGAGGAGCGCAGACGUCGGCGGUGAGCGAGAUGUGUCGGGACGCGCUUGCGGCGGCGCGGCGCUUGCGCGUACGCGCGCUGGCCGCCAUCGGGGAGGCGUCGACGCGGUGAGUCCGCCGGGCAACGCCGCCUCCCGUGACCUCUGACCUGUGAGCGUCUCGCGGCGGCAGGCGUCUGGCUCGGACGUCGGCGCUAGGUCAGGUCCUGGCGGCGCUGGUGUGCGGCACUGCCGUGGCGUCGCAAUAUUUGACCUCCGUCUACCACGCGGACGCGCCGAUGCUCCAGAGCGUCCUGCACUACGCGCUCCUCGGCGCCAUCUACACGCCCGCGCUGCUCUGCGGGACAGGUUCCGGCAGCGUCUUCCGGGCGGGCCGCGGGCGCUGGCUGCAGUACUCGCUGGUGGGCCUGGCGGACGUGGAGGCCAACUACGCCGUGGUCACAGCCUACCGGUACACGACGCUCACCAGCGUGCAGCUUUUGGACUGCUUUGUGAUCCCGGUGGUGAUGUUUCUGUCCUGGUGGCUCCUGAAGACGCGUUACCGUCCCGUCCACUACGCGGCCGUCUGCGUCUGCUUGCUGGGCGUCGGCGCCAUGGUGGGCGCCGACCUGCUGGCGGGACGAGACCAGGGCUCCGCCUCCAACGUCCUGCUGGGCGACGGCCUGGUGCUGCUCAGCGGCGUCCUCUACGGUCUGUCCAACGUGUGGCAGGAGUACGCCGUCAAGAACCGAAGCCGCCUGGAGUUCCUCGGCAUGCUGGGACUCUUCGGGACCAUCAUAAGCACCGCGCAAAUGUCGGUCCUGGAGCUGCGGCAAAUUUCCGCCAUCCGGUGGAGCUGGCAAGUGGGUGAGUGUCACACGACAGCACGUUUCGUCGGGUUCGGUUUGGAAACUCUGCCACGUUUGUUGCGCUCAGCGCUGCUGUUUGGGGCCUUCGCGUGUUGCAUGUUGGCCUUGUACAGCCUGAUGCCCGUCGUGGUGAAGGAAAGCAGCGCCGCCGCCGUCAACCUGUCCAUGCUGACCGCCGACGUCUUCGCCAUCUUCUGCGGCAUCUUCAUCUUCCGCUACAGCGUGAGUCCCGGGGAGGAGGAACACCGCUCGGGCCCUUCCCGCCCUCGCUCGGCUGUCACUUCUCAGGUUUGUACGUGGUGUCGCUGGUGGCCAUCUUCAUCGGUUUCAUCACCUUCAACGCCGUACCCACGCCCGAGAGCGCCGUCGGCCCCUCACCCUUGUCAGAGGAAGGUCGCCACGACAACGCAUCCAAACAGGAAGUGGCGUCGGGAUCGCAGGAAGUGGAGCAGAGGAACUGCACUCAUGUUGUUGAGUGCACUCGAUUGUGAAACCUCCAAAAUGUUUUGGGAUUUUAUUUUAUUUUUUCCUCAAUUCUGGAAAGCUUGAAACCUUAACAGUUCCAUGAAACCCAAAUUUGAAACCAUUGCCCUUGCUUGAAUUCCCCACCCUUACUUGAAACCCUACUUUUAAACCCCAACCCAUUGUUUAAUCAAGCCUCACCUGAAACAACUGCAGUUUGAAACUUUGAUAAUCUGAGCCUAGUUUGAAACCCUAACCCUUGCUUGAAACCGUACCUUUAAAUCCUAUCCCAAAUUUAACCCUCGCUUGAAACCCUAAUUUGAAAGCAAUAUGAGAAUAGUUUUUGAUUUUUUAUUUUAUUUUUGUUUAUGUAAGGUGUAACACAUCUUAUUUGCAUACAAUUUUAAUUGUAAGAGUUGAUGUAUUUGUAAUUUGCAGUUAUAAAUUCCGCAUUGAACUUUCA